GUGAGAGAGGGGGGGGGAGGCUGUUUAAUCGUUUCUCUCCGUCAAUCAAAGAAAAAGGGAGCGAAGAGGCCAGCGGGGAGACAGGGAGAAAAAAAAUCAAAUAAAAUCUCCUCAGGGGAGGAUGUGAGAAUUAAUAAUAAAUUACCCAGAAGGCUAACGACAUUUUUUGAGGGCAAUUUUGAUUUAUUUUCUCUCGAAUCGUCUCGGUUGAUAAGCGGCAGUUAGCGAGCAACGCGAGGCACAAUUGUGUGAAUUUUUGAAUCGUGGUUGCCGUUUUCUUCCCCUCCUUUUCCAGCCUCAGUUAGUCCCUUUAUUGUUAUUUUCCUCUUUCUUCUUUACCUUUCUCAUUUUUUUUCCUCCCUCCCACCGUCACCCCAUACCCCCCACCCCCGCCCCUUCAUUCCCACUCCCCAUUCCUGGCUCGAACCAUGUCGAUCUUGCCCUUCACGCCGCCCAUCGUCAAGCGUUUGCUGGGCUGGAAGAAAGGCGGCGAGUCGCAGUCUCCCUCUUCUCAGUCCCCGUCGCAGGCGCCGCCGCAGCAGCAACAACAACAACAGCAGCAACAACAGCAGAACAACGGGCAGGACGACAAAUGGUGCGAGAAAGCCGUCAAAAGCCUGGUGAAGAAGCUGAAGAAGACGGGGCAGCUGGAUGAGCUGGAGAAGGCCAUCACCACCCAGAGCUGCAACACCAAGUGUGUGACCAUCCCCAGCACAUGCUCUGAAAUUUGGGGACUGAGUACACCUGGUACAGUAGAUCAGUGGGAUACAACAGGCCUUUACAGCUUUCCUGAGCAAACCAGAUCACUUGAUGGUCGGCUGCAAGUUUCACAUCGCAAAGGUUUGCCUCAUGUUAUUUACUGUCGCUUGUGGCGAUGGCCUGAUCUUCACAGUCACCAUGAGCUUCGAGCCAUUGAAACUUGUGAAUAUGCUUUCAAUCUUAAAAAGGAUGAAGUGUGUGUUAAUCCAUACCACUAUCAGAGGGUGGAGACACCAGUUUUGCCUCCUGUAUUGGUGCCACGACAUACAGAAAUUCCAGCAGAGUUGCCCCCACUCGAUGACUACACACAUUCCAUUCCUGAAAACACUAAUUUUCCAGCUGGAAUAGAGCCACAGACCAACUAUAUCCCAGAAACGCCACCACCUGGCUACAUCAGUGAAGAUGGGGAGACGAGUGAUCAGCAAAUGAACCAAAGUAUGGAUACAGGGUCGCCUGCAGAAAUGUCACCAAGUACCUUGUCACCAGUCAAUCAUAGCUUGGGCAGAGGAGUAAGGUUAUAUUACAUUGGUGGGGAAGUUUUUGCGGAGUGUCUGAGUGAUAGUGCCAUCUUUGUUCAAAGUCCAAACUGUAAUCAAAGAUACAGCUGGCAUCCUGCAACAGUAUGCAAAAUUCCACCUGGUUGUAACCUGAAAAUAUUCAACAACCAGGAGUUUGCAGCACUUCUAGCUCAGUCUGUAAACCAAGGCUUUGAAGCUGUUUACCAAUUAACCAGAAUGUGCACAAUUAGGAUGAGUUUUGUGAAAGGCUGGGGUGCUGAAUACAGACGGCAGACUGUGACGAGCACUCCUUGUUGGAUUGAACUUCACCUGAAUGGACCCUUGCAAUGGCUUGACAAAGUUUUAACCCAAAUGGGGUCCCCUUCUGUCCGUUGUUCAAGCAUGUCCUAAAUAACUAUAUACUCCUAUUUCAGUAUCAAGAUGGGACUAAACAUAAGAUGGAGUCCAAUCAACAGACUUAAACAGCUUUUCUGUUUUAGUACUUGUGUUAUCCCAGAGACUUUGUUUGUUAAUACAAAACAAAAUCAAAAAGAA